UCUAAAAAAGUGCAACGUGCCUGCAAUUCGGACGAAGUUCACGAAGUGCAAAUGAUUAUUGAUUUUAUUUUUGAUUUGGCGUGUUGUGUCGGUUAUUUUAUGUUGCUGUUUCAUUUGGAUUAUUAGUGUUAAAUUAGUGAAUAAUGGAGUUUAGCAAUACCGGGGGCAUGAGGAGCCCUUUCUCUCCCCGUGUGAGACAAUCUAUAACCGGCAGAAAACCCAUUGGGAUGUCUGCAAGGAAAAACCAAAACAAAUAUAUCCAGUCGCCUGGAGCACAGAAUGGAGACGUGAUUUACAAGACACCCAUCAGCACAGUCGAGACUUACGGCUCACCGUUGCCGGUGAUGGUCACUGAGACACUUACUUUUGCCAGUGGCGAAGUGAGCGUCCGGCUCUCUCCCUGCGGUUGGUGUUGGCUGGUGGCGGGCAGACGCGUGGUGGCGUGGCCGCGCGAGCCCGCCGCCGGCGCCGCGCCCGCUUCACCCGCGCCCGCGCCGCCCGCGCAGGCUAGGGAGCUUACCUUGCCGCAGACUGACCUGGCGCAUAAGGCAGAUUUAGUGGAGCUGUUCUAUGAGGAUGGGGCCCAGAUGCCGUCGUGCGUGGGCGUGUCGCCGGAGGGCGUGGUGCGCUACUGGUGGUCGGUGGGGCACGCCAGCGCCAUGGCCGACGUCAGCUGCGAGCUGGGCGGCCAGGAGUGCGAGCGCCUGCUGCACGCCGGCGGCCGUCUGCUGCUGGCCACCACCACCUGCUCCGUCGUGCUGCUGCAGCCGCGCCGCCACGAGGGUCGCGCGACAGUGACGUGCCGAGUGCUGCGGCCGCCAAGCGGCUGGCUCGGCGGGAUCGGCCGGCGCGUGUCGCUGCUGUUCUUCGGAUCCAUGCCUGCCCAUGCUGACACUAAGCUCGUGGGCCUGGUGGUGGUCUCCGAANGCGACCACGUCUAUCGGGCAGCUAGUUCUUAG